UAUAUUGUACUAUUAUAUUUCUAAUAUGAAACUAUAAAAAUAUCAUAAAGUUUCAUACAAUUGUAACCAAUUAUCCUUUCCAUCACAAUAUAUAUAUACAGUUUCACAUCAAACACAAAACACAAUGGUUCAAAUAGUAUAGAUAUAAUACUAAAUUUUUUUUUUCAUGAAGUUGCAGUUUCUAAAAUGUUAUUCAUCAUCAUGAACAAGAUUAUCCAGUUUUUAAAAAAUUAUGUUAAAUUAGUAUAUGAAUGAAUUUGUUGACUACUAAACAUUUUUUUUAUUACUUUUUGCAGAUGUCACUAGAAUACAUAUUAUCUCCAAAUCAAUGGUUCUCUGCUACAAUUACUCAAUUUGCAAAUCAUCAAUAUUUUAAAGAUUUUGUAGAACUUAUAAAUGCAGAUGAUCAAGCCUCUUUAUUGUGCAGUCUAUUCCAUGGAUUCAUUUGUGGAAAUAUGAAUAAGAAGCAAAACGACAAAUUUAGCAGCAAGUUAACACAUGAGUUCAUAAUAAGACUUAUAAACUGUGGUAAAAAUAACGAAGUUUGGGUACAACUAGACGAUCGUGUAGCUUGUUUUGGCCUACAAGAAUUUUGUUUCAUAACUGGAUUGCCAUGUCAUGAACCUACUGUUGAUCUAAAUUUUAGUAAUACUCGACUUAGAGAUGAAUACUUCGAUGGUUCAAAACGAAUAACUAUGAUAAGACUUUCUGAAGUAUUUCAUAUAUGUGAAGAUCGAGAAGAUAAAUUUAAGUUGGGAUUAGUUAUGUUUGUUGAAUGUGUUUUAAAACCAACUAGAAGACACAUCGAUUACAGAACUCUUGGAAUGGUUGAACAGCUUGAUGAAUUUCUUACGUAUCCAUGGGGACGUAAGGCAUAUUUUGUUCUAUUACAUUCAUUACAAGAAUCACAGCUUGAAAGAAUACGAAGAAUGCAACAAAAUAACCAAGCAGAAUGUAAAUAUUCAUUGCAUGGUUAUCCACUUGUAUUCCAGUAUUGGAUAUACGAAGCUUUUCCUAAAAUUGGACUACAAUUUGGUCACCGUAUCCGUACAAGUUUAAAAUGUCCACAAAUGCAUAAAUGGCAGCCUCAAAUGGUAUUAGCGGAAAAUGUUAUUAAAGAAUUUUUAGCUAUUGAAGAGGUAUGUUCAUUUCAGUAUACAAUUAAAUAUAUGUUUUAUUCUUUAUAAAUAAAUUUUAGAGAAUACGUCUGAUAUUUUAUUACAAUAUUACAAUUAUAGAUUACAGUAAUUGCAACGUUAAAUCCUACUGAAGCAGAAUUGGAAAUAUUCUGGUAUACAACUCUUUCACUGCCAAUUGACAACCAACAUUGUACACUAGACAACAUUGUCAAUGGUGAAUUGGAAAAUACAACAGAACAAAUUCGAGCAUAUAACAUACAUCCACAAGAAACAACUGUACACAGUUCAAAUAGAAUUAAAUCUACUUCUUCUGGUACUUCAGACUAUGUAACUAAACAAGAUAUGGAACAGAUGUUCAAUGUACACAGACAAGAUGUCUUUGGUUUCUACGACAGCUUGAAAACGCAGAUGAUUCAAGAAGCUCAGUAUCUUACGAUUCUUGAAAAUCAACAAACUCUCUGUCAGACACUUCUUGACAAUCAAAAACAAUUUUUUGAAGUGCAGCAAAAAAAUCAAUAGGAAUAUUUUCAGGGCAUACAAUCUGACAUGCAUUCUUAUGUGGAUACCAGUUUCGGUUUAAUGAAGUUUUACAUUGAUGAACAAAAUCGAAAUAUGCAGAAUCAGUUAACCAACUGGAAAUCACAUAUGGAAUCAAUUGUAGCCUCUGUACAACAUGAUUUGCCCUCUCCAACAAAUCAAGCUGAAUUUGAAAUGCCUUCAACAUCUGAACAUGCAGAAGACGUCGAAAGAUCAACAAGAGAAAAAAAGGUAAGCAAAAAGAGACACAAUCUCCAUCACCAACGGCAACGAAUACUUUAGAAGAUUAUAACAUCGACAAAUACAAAAACAUUAGAGAAUGGAUAUCAGAAAAUCCAUCAGAUGCAUAUUGGAAAGAUGAAAUCGGCAAUCAAUACGCAAGACAUUCGCUGAUAAAUAUAAUAAAUCAAAUUAAAGAUAUAAAUAUUGUGGUAAGUCAAUUUUAGCAAUCUUAAUUAAUUUUACUUCGUUAUUAAUAUAGCUAAUUUAAUUUUUUUUACUAGCAUAUUAAUAUAGAAUUAAAGCGUUGCGAAGACUCAUUCAUGAUACAUCUUCCCCGGUUUCCAAAGAAUAUGCAAUCAUGGACUUUCGAUUCGAGAAUGAAUGUGUUCAUUGGUACACAACGAUCAAACAAGGAGCAAUCGUUUCUGUGAAUAAUUUCCAGGCAUUAGAGCAAUACACAAAAGGAGAAUCACCUACAUUUGCUCGACCCUGGAUAACAUACAACUAUUUAUUGAUUACAGUCGCAUAUCCAGGCAACAGUUGGUUUAUUUUUCUUGUUAAUUUUGAAAAGUGAAAAUUUCAAGUAUAUGAUUGCAGCCACAACAUUCAUACGCCAAAUACAAUCAAGUUACGUGCAGCCCCAGUUUUGGAUGUAGAACAAUCAUUAUUAAUAGCUACUGACAUUUUCUUCGGGAAGCCAAAUUUACAAAACCAUAGAAAUAAACGUAUGAAAUUGGAAAUCAUACCGUAUCUACCUUGUCAAAAUAAUGGGUAAGUAUCUCAACAAUUUACUUUAAUAUUUAUUUUUCUAUUCAAUUUUAUUUUACAUUUAUAGCAUUACUAUAAAAUAACUUCAAACUAUUUUUUCUGUAGGCCAAACUCUGGAGUUCUUCUUCUCAAAUACAUUGAAUGCUUCAUUUUCGGAAAUCCAUUAGAAGCAGUUUCAACUGAGAAAAUACGUUUAUACAGACGAAAAAUUAUCACAAAUAUCUGUCAAAAUGAAUAUUUUUUCCGUCCAUAUUUAUCAUAACCAUAACAAAGAAGGUAUGCCCUAUCAUGAUUGAUGUUGAAACCAAGAAGAAAAAGCUUUUCAUCACCCAUCAUGUAAGUAUCAUGUAUUCAAAUAUCAAGUAUAUCAAAGAAUUGCCGUUUUAACAAUUUCUUAUCAAUGUUUCAUUUUCUUCCUUUUGUAAUAACGCUAUUAACUUUUGAAAGUGAUCAUUAUAAUCUUAUUUUUAUUU